UCGAGCCACUCAAGUUCUCGUCCUUGUUGGAGUAUCUCACUCAAAAUGUGUAAAUUAUUAAUAAUUAUAUUAUAUUAUUCAAUUAUAACACUGACAAGUGCAUCGAGAAUAUUGGCAGUAUUUCCAACGCCUUGUAUAAGUCACCAAGUGACUUUUCGACCUUUGAUACAUGAAUUAGUGCGACGUGGUCAUCAGGUUACUUUUAUAACACCAGAUCCAGCAUUUGAUAAAGGAAAAGCACCAAGCAAUUUAACAGAAAUAGAUGUACACGACAUAUCGUAUGAUAUAUGGAGAAAUAAUAUCGUUAAAACUACUGAAUUUGGCAGAAAAGAUUUGAUUAUAGAACAAAUUGAGAAUAUUUUAUAUCAACUAGUGCGUCUUACUGCAGAGCAAGUGAAAAAAAAGGAAGUUCAGAAUAUUAUAAAUAACAAAGAUACCAAAUAUGAUUUGUUGUUAUUGGAAGCUUGUGCAAUUACGGCUUUGGUAUACUCUCACGUAUUCAAAAUUCCAGUAAUACAAGUAAGUUCUUUUGGAAUGAUGAUUGGGAAUGAUGAGAUUGUGGGAUCACCAACACAUCCAUUAUUGUACCCAACAAUAAUACAUCAAAGACUAUAUAAUUUAUCAAUUUGGGAAAAGCUGGAUGAACUUUACAAACAUAUUAAAAUGAUGAGAAUUAAUGCCAAUGCAGAGAUUGUAGGGCAUAAAACAUUUCAAAACAUUAUAGGCAGUGAUUUGCCCAGUUUUAACGUAUUAAAGAACAAUGUUGAUAUGCUUUUUUUAAAUAUUCAUCCAAUAUGGAUUGAUAAUCAACCCUUGCCUCCUAACGUGAUUUCAAUAUGGGGAAUAUAUAAAAAAACACCGAAGGAACUACCACAGGAGCUCAAGUCAUAUCUUGAUUCAUCUAAACAAGGCGUAAUAUAUAUAAGUUUGGGCUCAAACGCUCUAUCGUCAGACCUACCUCCAGAAAUCAUUCAAAUGUUUAUAAGAGUGUUUUCUCAAUUACCAUACAACGUAUUAUGGAAAUGGGAGAAAGAUGAAUUGCCUGGCAGACCACAAAAUGUGAAAAUAUCGAAAUGGUUUCCACAAUCUGAUCUAUUGAAUCACCCAAAGAUAAAACUUUUUAUUACACAAGGAGGUCUACAAUCAACAGAAGAAGCAAUUAAUGCUGGAGUACCACUUAUUGGUAUACCAAUGCUUGGUGAUCAAUGGUAUAAUGUGGAGAAAUAUGCCCGUCACGGAAUUGGCAUUAAACUUGAUAUGGACAGAUUGAACGAAGAACAAUUUAAAGCAGCUAUUGAUAAAGUCUUGAUAGAUAAAAGUUACAAAGAGAAUAUUAUAAGGCUCCGGACACUGUUUCAUGAUCAACCUGAAAAUGCCUUGGAUCGCGCCAUCUGGUGGACAGAAUACGUGUUACGUCACAAUGGAGCAAAGCAUCUUCGAUCACCGGCAGCCAAUAUGUCCUGGAUGCAGUAUUAUGAAAUACAAUUGAUUCUAAUAGUUCUUAUACUUGUUCUCCUCUGCAGUGUGGUGUUAGUCAUAUCUGUUCAUGUGUUAUGGAAAUACGUGCUUCGAAAUUCGAUGGAAAAUAUUAAAAUUAAAACUGGGUAGUUUUUGAGAACUUUAAAUAUUUUCUCAAUCGGUAUAUCAGUGUGGUCGUGGCAGCUAAGAUAAGAACUUUAAAUACUAUUUAAAAAUACUUUAAGGAAGGUACUUUGAAGAAGAAACAUUUGAUUAUCUCUUACUAGAUAGCAAGUAUUAUAAGAAAAAUAUUUUAAUAGAAAAUGAUAUGGUGAAAAGCGUUAGUAUUGUGUAAGGAUACAGUCUAGCCUUUCCGUUCCGGGAAACUCUGAUCGAACUCUAUGCCUCAGAUCGGCGUGAUUUUACCUUACCGAACUCCAUAGACCAAGUAUAGUAACUAGACUAAUUGAUAGCUUCCGUCUCACUCACACGAGAAAAAGAAAAACUUAUGCGAGUAUUAUGUAAAGAAAUGAGAUAGAGUGAUCGGUUUUUUUGUUUCGUCAUGCGUGCCGGUUUUUUCAAGGUCAGCACACCCGGUGUGCUAAACAAACUUGAUAGCCCUGCACAGAAAACAUGUGAUAUUGUGUGUGAUAUCCACUAUUUAUUCAACUUCAGUGACAAUUUUAAGUAGAAACGAAGAAAUAUGGUGCGAUAUAGUGUUUUGCGAUGUAAAAGAGAUAGUGAAAGAACACUUGUGUUAUAUUAUGUACCUAUUGUACCUAUACAUAUAGGAUAUUAACUGUCUCAUGUUGGCCACGCCAAACCGAUGUCUAGUUACCAUUCCUGGUCUAUGCCGCACUCUCAGUUUUGGCGAAUCUAAAACAUUUAGUGGCCUUGGGCACUGCCGUUUUCGGAAGGUUAGACAACAAGAUAAGGAACGUGUUAAUUCAUGAUAAAGCAAUUAAAAAUAUGAGCGAUCUGGGGAUGACUCAUUCAAUUCGGAAUGACGUCUACAUAAAAAUAUUAAAUAUUGUAUUCGCACAUAAAAGACUGCAAUUGUUAUUAACAAAUUAAGAUGUAAAAUUGCAUUUAGAUAUUUAAAUAUAAUAUAAAUAAUAACCGGA